GCCAUAAAAAUUCUUGAUUAUAAUAUAGUAUGUGAUAUUAUAAAAAUCGGUAGCAUAAUUCGUAAUAAAGAAAGAUUUAUUAAACGACAACAAAGGUUAAUCGGGCCAAGUGGCUCAACACUCAAAGCAACAGAAUUGUUAACUCAAUGUUAUGUGUUGGUUCAAGGUAAUUCUGUAUCUGUAAUGGGUUCAUAG